AUCUGUUUGUGUGAGUGGGUGGCAUUACACCAUACUAGCUUUCUCUUUUGUAAUUUGACUCUAGGAUUCAGGUUCAGCAGACCCAGGUAAUCAGUAACCAGACUGGAUCAUCCGAUGAGACAAGAGGUGGUGUGAUUCUGCUUCUCCCCACCCAAAUCUGGGCUUUAGACGGUAAACUUUUUGCAGGUUGUACCAGUGGUGCUUGCCCAGGGUCACGCCAUGAUCCUAUCUGGCUCCUUUUUGAUGUUGACCUUCUGCAUAGUCCUUGGACCACUCCAGAUUGUGGCAGAGGAGGGUGACUAUGAAGAAGAACUUGUCCUCAGGCUUGUCAUGGAAGAAGAUGCCCAAGCUGACAGCGAGAAGAAGACGACUCCUGGGCUUUUCCUGUGGAGUAACAAGGACUCCUGGAGAAUGUCCGGCCAAUACGUGGUGGUGCUGAAAGAAAAUGUACACAAGUCACAGACGGAAAGGGUGAUCGGUCGCCUGCAGACCAGGGCAGCAAAGCACGGCUAUCUGACUAAGGUUCUUCAUGUCUUCCAUGAACUCUUCCGGGGCUUUGUGGUUAGGAUGAGCAGUGAUCUGUUAGAGAUGGCCCUGAAGUUGCCGCAUGUUGAGUACAUUGAAGAGGAUUCCUAUGUGUUUGCUCAGAGUGUCCCUUGGAACCUUGAUAGGAUUGUUCCUGCUCCGCAUGUGGGGAACCAAUUUAACCCCCCAAAUACAGGAGAUCUGGUGGAAGUGUAUCUCCUGGACACCAGCAUACAGAGCAAUCACAGGGAGAUUGAAGGGAAGGUUCUUGUCACAGAGUUUGAGAAUGUUCCAGAGGAAGAUGGCACCAGAUUCCACCGGCAGGCUAGUAAAUGUGAAAGUCAUGGAACACAUAUGGCUGGAGUUGUAAAUGGAAGGGAUGCGGGAGUUGCCAAAGGUGUUAAUCUCCGCAGCCUGCGAGUACUAAAUUGCCAGGGUAAAGGGACAGUGAGUGGCAGUCUAAUGGGUCUGGAGUACAUCAAGAAGACGUUGCUUGAGCAGCCAUAUAGCCCCCUGAUCAUCCUUAUCCCCUUUGUUGGGGGAUACAGUCGAACACUCAAUAUGGCCAGCCGUACGCUCAUCAAAUCUGGUGUGGUGAUCAUUGCAGCGGCUGGAAAUUAUAAGGAUGAUGCCUGUCUGUAUUCCCCAGCAUCUGAACCAGAGGUUAUAACUGUUGGAGCCACUAAUUAUGAGGACCAGCCAGUAACAAUGGGAGUGCUCGGUACAAAUUUUGGGAACUGUGUUGACCUGUUUGCUCCAGGAGAGGAUAUUAUUGGAGCCUCUAGUGACUGCAGCACUUGCUUUAUAUCUAAGAGUGGAACUUCACAAGCAGCAGCACAUGUGGCAGGUAUAGCAGCAAUGAUACUGAAUGGCAAACCAGACUUGACUGUAACCGAACUGCGACAGCGGCUCAUCCAUUUCUCUACUAAGAGCGCCAUUAAUGAAGCCUGGUUCCCUGAUGACCACAGACUUAUCACUCCCAACAGGGUUGCUGGAUUACCAGUUAAACUAGCCAGUGAUGAGGAGCUCUUGUGUCGAACAGUUUGGUCCAAACCAUCAGGCUUUGCCCGAACAGCAACAACCUCUGUCCAAUGUACUGAGAAAGAGGAAAUGUUCAGCUGUUCUAGUUUCUCUAGAAAUGGAAAAAGGAAAGGGGAGCAAAUAGAGGAUAAGGAUGGUAAGAAGACCUGCACUGCCCACAAUGCAUUCGGAGGUGAUGGAGUAUAUGCUAUUGCAAGAUGCUGUGUUUGGCCCAAAGCAAACUGCCAGGUUAAUUCCAGUACUCCUGAUGAUACAAACACCAUGACCACUGCCAGCUGUUUGGAGGAAGACCAUGUUCUAACAGGCUGCAGCUCUCACUCUCUGAAUGGACAUUUGGGUGACCAUGUGAGGCCGGUUCACCACCCCGGCAAGAAACAUCCAGUGUGUAUUGGGAAAAAUGAGAUGACCUCUCAUGCUUUGUGCUGUCAUGCUCCAAGUAUCGCCUGCAAAGUCAAAGAGCAUGCUCCUGUGGGCUUUACUGAAAAGGUGACGGUGUCAUGCGACGAUGGCUGGGCCCUGACUGGUUGCAAUGGCUAUUCUCGAAGCUCUACAGCUCUUGGAUCAUAUCCUAUUGAUAACACUUGCGUUGUUUUAAAUCCAAAAGGCGGUAAAGGAGCUGCAGCUAUUGCAAUUUGCUGCCAGAACAAAAACACAGAGAGCAAUCAGAAUUCAAACUAUAGGUGAAAAUCUGUUUCUAUAGUGCACCCGUCACAUACACAUGCUGAAGGCAAUCAUAGCGCUGGAUGAACUUACAUGUUAUUGAAUGCAGCUCGUCAGUUCGACUCAGGGCAGUAUUAGACAUAUAACCAAACCUCCAAGUAAACAAACUUAAA